CACCCACCCAAUAGUACUGGCCAUCAGAGUCAGUCCACCCCAUGUAUGUCCAGAGUCUCCUGUCUGCACAUCUUUGAGGGGGAAGAAAUGAAAGCUUGUUAUGGCCACAAAACCCCAGCUCAUUGUGAUCUGGUUGAGAGCUUCAAUACUGAUACCUGCUUCAAUACUGAGACGCACAAGUUAAGGUCCAGAAUUGUGUCCAACCACAGCUUUCCCCUGAGCAUGGUGACAUCGGGUGGAACGUCACAGACCCAGUAGAUGACUUCUGGAGCUGGGCUCAGUCCUAAUCGCAAAAGCUUCAACAUGCUGGCCAUCAUUGAGUCCUGGGAAGAGGAGGGGAGCUACUACGAGGACAGCACCGGUCAGUUUCUGUUCAUCUUGCUGUUAAAGGUGGGCCUGGACUGUCUGGUCCUGUCGAUGUGCUUGCGUUGGCUGCACACCUCCUUCAUGGGCGUCUGUGGCCUCUCCAUCUUCCUGGGCGAUGUGGUGUUGGUGUGCGCUGUGGCGGCUGUCUGGUUCCUCGGACCCACACGCUCCCCGGUGUCCAUCUGUUUCAUCUUGGCCCAUGCCUCAGUCGUGUUCAACGCGCUGCCUCUGCCCAUGCUGGGCCUGGGGCUGCUGGACUACGCCUCCGAGCCACGCUACACCACCUGUCACGUCGCUCCCUGUAGGGACCUAUGGAACUAUGCCCUGACGCUGCUGGUGUGGGUGCUGGCCGGUGUGCACUCCUGCUGCUCAGCCGUCACCAACCUCCUAGAGGUUGAGUACGAGGGAGGGAGGAAUGCUUUAGGGUGCGCUGUGCAGGAGUCUGUGUUUGUGGUACAUUUCUCAGUGGGGAUCUCCGUGGCCAUCUGCUGUGUAAUGCUGCUCCACUACAAACAGCUGCCUUUGUGGCUGAAGGAGGCCAACAGGCGGUCAGAGCAGAGGGAUAAUGUUAACCCAAUGCUGCAGAGCCACUCGAGAUUCAGGUAUGCCAAGUUACAGCAGCUAGGGGGUGACGAGGACGAGCAGAAAGCACUGGCAGUGGAGACCGAAUGGCAGAGGCCCCCCCUUUACCUCAGCCUGACUUUGGACUUUGGCACAACGUGGGCAUCUUACCUAGUCAUGUGCAUCGCCUGUGAACUUUUGGGCCUUGCAGUCCCUGCCUACAUCAGCAUCAACGUCCUAUGGUUGGAGUGCGCCAACAGCGUAUUGGUGGGGCUGGUGUUCUGGCUCAAGAGCGACUGACUGGGGCCUUACACUGUCAGUGGCAUGUUUACUGGCAUUUAUAGUAAAGAUUCACCAUUCUUUUUUCAAAUAUUUUAUUUUACAAUUUUACAAUUCAAGCAGGCAGAAAUUCUGCCCGUAUGACGUAGCAUUGAGAUAAAGCCACUUUCAACACUGGAAGUCAAUAGGAAUAGGACUUUUAGAUUAUGAAAACGUCUAUCAUACAUGUCAGUUUUCAGGGUCUAAAGUGGGCACCUGAUCGGGUUGCACUCCAUUGCAUUGGCUUGGCAGGUGACUCGUUUGGAGGUCAGACAUGUUCAAAAAUAUUACUACAUCUUGCUAGGUUCUAAUUAUCAGAAUAAGACAUCGAUGGACGCUAUGAAAGCUUAAACCAAGUUUAUUUAUCCCACAGGGUCGAACAGCUGAACCGACCAAAAUACAUUUCCAAUAGUGGUGGUGUAUGUACCCCAAUUUGGGGUGGAAUCUUCUCCUUCUCUCCAAACACUAAAUCUCUGUUGCUAGGCAGGAAAUGAAGUGGCAAUAAGCUGUGUCUUCUCCCUUAACGUGACCUGAACACCCUUCAUCACUAAUCCACAGCUCUCUCCCCUUAUCAGUGCUGCCACAUCUGAUCGUUUUCCCUCCACUCACCACAUUCCAAGCUUAAUUGCACCCACCCCAUAUACCUUUCUCCUACAGAUAACCAUUAACUUCUGGUGUAGACCCUCUAACCCUAAGCACUCAAUAUUUCAAAAGGAUACCUGAUAAUUAACCCUAUCCCAAGUUUAGAAGUUAGAACCCAGAAUCCAUCAGUCCCCCCGUUUUGAACAUUUAACUCCAUGCUGUUCAACAUUACAUAAGCUUGGGAAUUACUUAUAGAUGGACAAACAAUAAUAAUAAAACACAAACAAAAAAUAAACAUGAUUGACAUUCACCAUGAGGUUUACAAACUCAGAGCCUUAUGGCCUCUGUUCUAUGAUCACACAAUUUCUCAUAGAAACUGAUAAUAACGUGUCCGCUGGAGUUGAUGACCCCUUCCAUUUCAACUUUCUCCAUCGGGUUCCUAAGUGAGGGAUGAUACAAGACAUGAAAAUCAACGAGAAACACAAAACAUAACAGUAUUAACAAUGUGGUAAGCUUUGCAUAAUUAUAUAUGCAAAGAAAUCCCAAAGUUUGAUAACAUGACAAUUCCCACUCUCUCUUCGCCUGAUUCUAUGCCUUCAGAAUUUUGGAUUCUGCUGGAUUCCACAAUAAUGAAGGCCCUAGAAAACCUCAUCAUGCUUUCAUCCAGUCUUCCCCAUCAGGCCACAGGUUAUAAGAGGUGUUCCCAAGCCAUGUCAUUUUCACUUGAUAGGCACGUCACCUGAUAGACAAGUGCCGCCCUUUCCCACCUGGACAAUAGGAACACCUAUGUGAGAAUGCUAUUCAUUGACUACAGCUCAGCGUUCAACACCAUAGUGCCCACGAAGCUCAUCACUAAGCUAAGGACCCUGGGACUAAACCCCUCCCUCUGCAACUGGAUCCUGGACUUCCUGACAGGCCGCCCAAGGUGGUAAGGGUAGGCAACAACAUGUCUGCCACGCUGAUCCUCAACACUGGGGCCCCUCAGGGGUGUGUACUUAGUCCCCUCCUGUACUCCUUGAUCACCCACAACUGUGUGGCCAUAUACGACUUCAACACCAUCAUUGAAUUUGCUGAUGACACAAAAGUGGUAGGCCUGAUCACCGACAAUGUGUCAGACCUGCUCCCGCUCUUCCCCCCGAGCGCCAGGCUGCCCUGCAUUACGCACUCCUGCCACCAUCAUUUACGCACACCUGCCUUCCCUCGUCACGUGCUUCAGUUAUAAUGGACUCACCUGGACUCCCUCAAUCACCUGUUUAUUACCUCCCCUAUAUUUGUCAGGUCCCCAGCUCUGUUCCCCGCUGCUGCAUUGUUUGUUGUAUGUCAUUGUGUAUCUGUGUUCUGACGUUGUUUCUGUCUUGCUCUUUAUCUGUUCAUAAUUAAAUGUCAACUCCCCAUACCUGCUUCUCAUCUCCGGCGUCGGUCCUUACACAAUGUGAGACAGCCUAUAGGGAGGAGGUCAGAGAUCUGGCAAAGUGGUGCCAGGACAACAACCUCUCCCUAAAUGUGAGCAAGACAAAGGAGCUGAUCGUGGACUACAGGAAAAGGCGGGCCGAACAGGCCCCCAUUAACAUCAACGGGGCUGUAGUGGAGCGGGUCGAGAGUUUCAAGUUCCUUGGUGUCCACAUCCCCAACGAACUAUCAUGGUCCAAACAUACCAAGACAGUCGUGAAGAGGGCACGACAACAACUUUUCCCCCUCAGGAUACUGAAUAUAUUUGGCAUGGGUCCCCAGAUCCUCAAAAAGUUCUACAGCUGCACCAUCGAGAGCAUCCUGACCGGUUGCAUCACUGCCUGGUAUGGCAACUGCUCGGUGUCUGUAAGGCGCUACAGAGGGUAGUGCGUAUGGCCCAGUACAUCACUGGGGCCAAGCUUCCGGCAAUCCAGGACCUGUAUAUAGGCGGGGACAGAGGAAAGCCCAUAAAAUUGUCAGAGACUCCAGUCACCCAAGUCGUAGAUUGUUUUCUAUGCUACCACACGGCAAGCGGUACCAGAGCACCAAGUCUAGGACCAAAAGGCUUCUACUCUCAAGCCAUAAGACUGCUGAACAAUUCAUCAAAUGGCCACCGGACUAUUACAUUGACCCCUCCCCCAUUUGUUUUGUAAACUGCUGCUACUCACUGUUUCUUAUCUAUGCAUAGUCACUUCACCCCUACCUACAGUUGAAGUCGGAAGUUUACAUACACUUAGGUUGGAGUCAUUAAAACUAGUUUUACAACCCCUCCACAAAUUUCUUGUGAACAAAAUAUAGUUUUGUCAAGUUCGUUAGGACAUCUACUAUGUGCAUGACACAAGUAAUUUUUCCAACAAUUGUUUACAGACAGAUUAUUUCACUUAUAACUCACUGUAUCACAAUUCACAAUUCAACUCACUGUAUCACCUGUAUCACCUCCACCCUACCUGACACCCUAGACCCACUCCAAUUUGCUUACCGACCCAAUAGGUCCACAGACGACGCAAUCGCAACCACACUGCACACUGCCCUAACCCAUCUGGACAAGAGGAAUACCUAUGUGAGAAUGCUGUUCAUCGAAUACAGCUCAGCAUUUAACACCAUAGUACCCUCCAAACUCGUCAUCAAGCUCGAGACCCUGGGUCUUGACCCCGCCCUGUGCAACUGGGUCCUGGGUCCUGGACCCAGGUGGUGAGGGUAGGUAACAACAUCUCCACCCCGCUGAUCCUCAACACUGGGGCCCCACAAGGGUGCGUUCUGAGCCCUCUCCUGUACUCCCUGUUCACCCACGACUGCGUGGCCAUGCACACCUCCAACUCAAUCAUCAAGUUUGCGGACAACACUACAGUGGUAGGCUUGAUUACCAACAACGACGAGACGGGCUACAGGGAAGGUGAGGGCCCUCGGAGUGUGGUGUCAGGAAAAUAACCUCACACUCAACGUCAACAAAACAAAGGAGAUGAUUGUGGACUUCAGGAAACAGCAGAGGGAGCACCCCCCUAUCCACAUCGACGGGACAGUAGUGGAGAAGGUGGAAAGUUUUAAGAUCCUCGGUGUACACAUCACGGACAAACUGAAUUGGUCACCCACACAGACAGCGUUGUGAAGAAGGCGCAGCAGCGCCUCUUCAACCUCAGGAGGCUGAAGAAAUUCGGCUUGUCACCAAAAGCACUCACAAACUUCUACAGAUGCACAAUCGAGAGCAUCCUGUCGGGCUGUAUCACCGCCUGGUACGGCAACUUCUCCGCCCACAACCGUAGGCUCUCCAGAGGGUAGUGAGGUCUGCACAACGCAUCACCGGGGGCAAACUACCUGCCCUCCAGGACACCUACACCACCCGAUGUCACAGGAAGGCCUUAAACAUCAUCAAGGACAACAACCACCCAAGCCACUGCCUGUUCACCCCGCUAUCAUCCAGAAGGUGAGGUCAGUACAGGUGCAUCAAAGCAGGGACCGAGAGACUGAAAAACAGCUUCUAUCUCAAGGCCAUCAGACUGUUAAACAGCCACCACUAACAUUUAGUGGCCGCUGCCAACAUACUGACUCAACUCCAGCCACAAUAAUGGGAAUUGAUGGAAAUUAUGUAAAAAUGUAUCACUAGCCACUUUAAACAAUGCCACUUAAUAUAAUGUUUACAUACCCUACAUUACUCAUCUCAUAUGUAAAUGUAUAUACUGUACUCUAUAUCAUCUACUGCAUCUUGCCAUCUUUAUGUAAUACAUGUAUCACUAGCCACUUUAAACUAUGCCACUUUAUGUUUGCAUACCCUACAUUACUCAUCUCAUAUGUAUAUACUGUACUCUAUACCAUCUACUGCAUCUUGCCUAUGCCGUUCUGUACCACCACUCAUUCAUAUAUCUUUAUGUACAUAUUCUUUAUCCCUUUACAAUGGUGUGUAUAAGGUAGUAGUUGUGGAAUUGUUAGGUUAGAUUACUUGUUGGUUAUUACUGCAUUGUCGGAACUAGGAGCACAAGCAUUUCGCUAUACUCGCAUUAACAUCUGCUGACCAUGUGUAUGUGACAAAUACAAUUUGAUAUGAUUUGAAUUCCAGUGGGUCAGAGGUUUACAUACACUAAGUUGACUGUGCUUUUUAACAGCUUGGAAAAUUCCAGAAAAUGAUGUCAUGGCUUUAGAAGCUUAUGAUAGGCUAAUUGACAUAAUUUGAGUCAAUUGGAGGUGUACCUGUGGAUGAAUUUCAAGGCCUACCUUCAAACUCAAUGCCUCUUUGCUUGACAUCAUGGGAAAAUCAAAAUAAAUCAUGCAAGACGUCAGAAAAAAAUUGUUGACCUCCACAAGUCUGGUUCAUCCUUGGGAGCAAUUUCCAAACACCUGAAGGUACCACAUUCAUCUGUACAAACAAUAGUACCCAAGUAUAAAAACCAUGGCCGUCAUACCAUUCAGGAAGAAGACGCGUUCUGUCUCCUAGAGAUGAAUGUACUUUGGUGCGAAAAGUGCAAAUCAAUCCCAGAACAACUGCAAAGGACCUUGUGAAGAUACUGGAGGAAACAGGUACAAAAAAGAUCUACAUCCAUAAUAAAACGAGUCCUAUAUCGACAUAACCUGAGAGGCCGCUCAGCAAGGAAGAAGCCACUGAUCCAAAACCACCAGAAUAUGGUUUGCAACCGCACAUGGGGACAAAGAUAGUACUUUUUGGGGAAAUAUCCUCUGGUCUGAUGAAACAAAAAUAGAACUGUUUGGCCAUAAUGACCAUCAUUAUGUUUGGAGGAAAAAGGGGGAUGCUUGCAAGCCGAAGAACACUAUCCCAACCGUGAAGCACGGGGGUGGCAGCAUCAUGCUGUGGGGGUGUUUGCUGCAGGAGGGACUGGUGCACUUCACAAAAUAGAUGGCAUCAUAAGGGAGGAAAAUUAUGUGGAUAUAUUGAAGCAAAAUCUCAAGACAUCAGUCAGGAAGUUAAAGCUUGGUCGCAAAUGGGUCUCCCAAAUGCACAAUGACACCAAGCAUACUUCCAAAGUUGUGGCAAAAUGGCUUAAGGACAACAAAUUCAAGUUAUUGGAGUGGCCAUCACAAACCCCUGACCUCAAUCCUAUCGAACAUUUGUGGGCAGAACUGAAAAAGCGUGUGCGAGCAAGGAGGUCUUCAAACCUGUGUAAUGUAGUCUGUGUGUAGCUGGUGUAGAGGAGUCAGGCGCAGGACAGCAGAUAUGAGUAAAUAAACGUAUUUUCCUCAAAAUAGACAAAUACAAUACAAAAUAAGCGGACCGUAUUUCAUAAAAACAAUCACUCACAAACAAACAUGGGGGAACAGAGGGUUAAAUAAUGAACAAGUAAUUGGGGGAUUGAAACCAGGUGUGUAAGACAAAGAC